AUGGACCACGGUACACUAUCUACCGUGGCGAAAUGUCUCACCGACCUGCAGCCUCAGGACGUCAUCCAGUGCUUUCGGAUGCUAGACCAAGUGCACCUCAGCCACUACAGUCAGCGGCGCCCAUACUUUUCCAGCCAGAUAGUGUACCCGGAGAUCACGCUGUGGACGAACACGGUGCUCUGUCUGGCAGACGUGAAGACCGAGCUCAGAGAUACACACUGGUACGACACUCUUGACGCCAUCUACUCGUAUCUCCCCUUCUCUCUGAAGUUCUACCGUCCCGACGUCACGACGGAGGAGCUGGACCUGGAUGUCCGACGCACCGAGUGGAUCCUCUCCACAAUUUCUUCUCUCGCGUUCAACGAGCACGACAUGUUUCCCUCCUCUAGUCGGCCUUCCACUGUCCUUCUCGCCAUUAGGGGCUUGUUACCCCACGUCAAGCCGCCAACCGACGGCACUGUAAUCCGCUCCGGUCGCUACAUACAGCCUGAGGAACUCGAGGACGAAGACGCUCCAAGAAGUAAUAUACUGGAAAAAUACAUCACAGCGACGACCGUGCUCCUCCAAUGCAUGGCUCAAAUAUACAACAACGGUGCUGAGGCACCCGAUCACGGUCUCGAUCGAGAUGUGUUGGUCCCUUUCGUUCGCGACACCCUUCUCCGCCUAGAAGACACCCUGCGCAUGGAGCUCGAUGUUCGUGGUUGGGGUCCCGUUGAAGACGACCUCACGGCGCUCAUCGACGUCGUUCUUGCGGAGCAUGCCGUUCUCGUGGAUACAGUGCUCUCGUCUAACUUCAUCCCCACGUUGGAGCUUGUGGUAGCCACGCGGCGGGAUAUCUUGCUCGAUCUGGGCGAAGCAUGGAUCACCUCCGAAGUCAAAAGAUGCGAUCAGCUGCUGAAACGCUUCAGAGAGAUCCUCGUCCCGUCAACGAAAACGAACGAAUACGCAUGGACAUCGCGAGGGUUCCCCAACUCGGAGCGCCGGUCGCAUUACCGCAGCACAGUCCGCCCUUCUUUCUUCUUCAUACGCACCGAAAAAGAAGCCAGCCUCGCGAAAAUGCACCAACCUCGCCGCCAGGUCUUCCUCCAACCCACCGUCAUCUCAGCCCUCAUGCAGACCGGCACUUUACACCAGAGCAUCCUCCCGCAUUUUCUCUACGACAGCCGCAUCCGUUUGCACCGGCUCGCGGCGAGACAAUGGGGAUCCCUCCUCAAGCACUUCUCGGACGACGCUACGCAGGUCUGUGGGGUAUCUGUGCGGCUAUCUAAGGACGACGGCGGACUGGAUGGCGUCGCCUUCGCUACACCCACAGACGUCUUCUACGCCAACUUCGCUUGCGCCAAACAGGAUCUCGGGAAGAGUAACCUGGCACGGGUUCUCGAUGGCUCUCUCUGCGUCCUUGUCGGAUUCGGCAUGCCGCGUCUAGCCCUGCACCUACACCGACAAUGCGGGCUGCAUGUGAAGGGCGUUGAGUUGUCAACGUUGUUCGCGUUCGGGCGCAAAAAGUUUCAGACCGCGGCGGACUUCGCGUCGAGACGCAUACACCCGGACGUGAAUCAGAGCAGGAUCCAUGCUGUGUGGUGUGGAGAUGAGGUCGAGGACGUAUGCCUCCGCGCAUGGCUUUCUGCCGUUUCAGGCACGGACUCCUUCAAGGAGGUGCAAUGUGCAGCGAAGGUCGACACGCGCAACUUGCCAGACUCACACCUCGCGUGUCUGUCACGGCUGCUCCUCAACGUCGAGCUCUUGGAAGGUGAACGUCCAACGGAAAUGGAGAACGAGUUCGACGGUGUGGACAUCGACGCGGACGGACAGCUCGUGAUCCGCAAUUCCCGGUACAAUACUCGCGUCCGAAAGAGCAAGCAGACCUCUAUCGUCAUGGAGACCACACACGGGCAGAAUAUCGUCGGACAUGCCGUGCACGCUGAAGGCAAGCAGACCGGCGUGAAAGUUGCUGGAGGCAACUUCCGUGGCCAAAUCGAGCGCAUCCGCGUUGUCGGGCGCGAGGAGCUGACGAGCUCGGAGAUUGCUCGCGACGAGUUCGUUCUCCACCUCCUCCAAGGUGCCUUGCCAUCCCUCGUCGAGUCGCCGUUCAUUCGCGUGCUAUGGUUCCCGACUGAGAAGGCCCCGCGAGGUCAACGCUUGUCUUCGAUUCCGCCGCUCGGACCCCAAUUUGCCCAACUCAACCCGUCCCAAAACCAGGUCGUCGCCGCGAUGCUGGCUCAACAUGAACCGCUUGUCGUUGUCCACGGACCGCCGGGUACAGGGAAAACGACGACAAUCGCAGCUGCCCUGCAUUCAUGGGAGCGCGAGUGGAGCUCAGCUUGGGUCAUCGCACAGUCGAACGUCGGUGUGCAGAACAUCGCGGAUACGCUUCUCAAGUACGCUAUCGACUUCAAGCUACUGGUUUCGAAGGAGUUCUAUGUCGAAUGGCACGAGCACCUGUAUAAGAAGCUUGAAGGGCGCUUUGUCCGCUCCGACGAGCUGUUCGCAGAUGCGGCGGAUGUCGAGCGCAUGCUUGGAUCGUCUUCCGUCAUUUUGUGCACGAUAUCCAUGUUGUCCAACCCCGCCAUCGACAACUGCGGGAUCUUUGACGUUAUCCCUGUCGAGCGACUCAUCGUGGACGAGGCGUCACAGAUCGAUACAUUUGAGUUUAUGCAUCUCUUCCAUAAGUUCCGCAGGCUGGAGAAGGUGUGCAUGUUUGGUGACCCGAAACAACUUCCUCCGUACGGGAAGGAGACUGCGCCGCAAAUGAAGACGAUCUACGACUUCAAACACCUCAAAGCUUCCGCGUACUUCCUGAAUACGCAGUACCGCAUGCCGGUCCCCCUGGGCGAGUUCAUCUCCGAAUAUGUCUACGACAAGAAGCUGCUGUCUGUGCACCCGAUCGCGGAUUUCAGCGCCGUACUCUUCGUUGACGCGCGGAAAGGGCAAGAGGAGCGUGUGGGCUCCAGCUGGAAGAGGAGGCGCGCGCAGUUGUGA